GUACCUAAAGCAUCUAUCCUCGGACGAUCUCGCGAAUGUUGGUUGAGAAUACGUAAAUGAUGCAAGGCAACGUAGUGCAUCAACGCCUCUGGUGGAUUAUUAUCCUACCUAAUUUCUGCAUAAUGUUGUAGAAAAUCAGAAAUAAAUGUGAGCUCAAAUAUGCUCUAUAACCGCGCACGACAUUAAAAUGUAUUUUUUUUUUUCACAUAUAUCUUUAGUUUCGAAAAAUCUAGUAACAUUGUCUGGUAAAUCUAGCGACACUUGUGUAUAUGUGUAAUGCGAAUUUGGCUUCGGAUAAACCUUGAAGAAUACGACGACGCAAUUUAUGCGACGCUUUUAGGAUUAUUUUAACAUUUCGCAUCGUAGUAGUGAUGCUGGUCGGUGCAGAAUAGUCCGAAGGUAAUUGUUGGAGGACUUUUUUGAUAUUGAGGCCGUCAGGCGCAAGAGCACAUGCAUAAUGUUUAUGACAACGGAUAUUAUUACGAGCGAAAAUUGAGGUUACAUUUUGUAUCCGAACUCUUUUCGGAGGCUUGCACAUAGGCCUUCGGAGUGGACGUUCCUGUUUGAGAUAUGUCGAUUAGGAUUUUAGCCCAACGUCUUGUACAAGAUGGUCGAUUUCUUCUGCGCUCCAUUAAAAAUCCGGAGCACUUUUUCAACACAAAAAGCGCAAAUUUCACCAAGAUACACUGUGCACGAGUAGGUGAGUCCCAGGGCCACGUGCGUGCAGGUACUGGUGGCUUGUCGUCCAGUACCGGUCACCUUGGCUUCCUGGGAACUCAAGCACGACGUCUAUUCGUUGAUAAUGUACUGAAGCGAGUGACCAACACCCUUGCAGCUGAGUUGAGACGUCGAGCUGCAAGACGACUGUUCGGUGGUGAUUCGGCACCAUUUUUUGCUUUGGUGGGAGUUUCGUUGGCAUCUGGUACUGGUGUUCUAACAAAGGAAGAUGAAUUGGAAGGCGUAUGUUGGGAGAUCAGGGAAGCAGUCUCGAAAUUACAAUGGAAUAAAUCUAAGAACGAUAAAAAUUAUGAAAGUAUACAAAAGGUCUCGAUGGGUAAUAACCUUAGUUUAAAAAGUUUUGUAGUAGGGCCGCUGAUAGAAAAAGGCUGCUCAGCCGCUGUCUAUGCUGGUCGUUUAAAGAACAGCCAGGAGAGUAAAAGUAGCAACAAUAUAAUUUUAGAUAAAAACACAGACCUAUCUGUUUUUCCACUGGCAAUUAAAAUGAUGUUUAAUUACGAUGCGGAAUCCAAUGCAAAUGCAAUCCUAAAAUCAAUGUUUAGAGAAACAACGCCAGCUUGGAAGCAUUAUAGUAACGACGAAGUUAUAUAUUGGCAAGUACAUAUGGCAAACAAUAUAAAAACUUUGCCUCCCCAUACAAACAUAGCAGCUGUGUAUGCUGCGUUUGCUGACACUGUACCUCUACUACCAGCAUCGAACGAAAUGUAUCCAGAUGCAUUGCCAGCGAGACUUAAUCCCGAAGGCUCAGGAAGAAAUAUGAGUCUAUUUUUAUUAAUGAAAAGAUACGAUAUUACUUUGAAGCAAUAUGUGCUUGAAAAGCCAAUGAAAACUCAUGUUUCGAUCUUAUUAUUAGCACAGUUAUUAGAAGGAGUCGCUCAUAUACAUUCUCAUGGUAUAGCCCAUAGGGAUCUUAAAUCUGAUAAUAUACUACUCGAUAUUUCGGAGGAGCUUGAUAAUUGUCCGACAUUGGUAAUAACAGAUUUUGGAUGCUGUUUAGCAGAUAAAAAUCUUGGUCUACAUCUUCCGUAUAAUUCUCAUGACAUUGAUAAAGGUGGAAACGCCGCUCUAAUGGCUCCUGAAAUAAUUUUAUCCGAGCCAGGGACUUUUACAAGCCUUAAUUAUUCAAAGUCCGAUCUUUGGACUGUCGGUGCUAUUGCAUACGAAAUAUUCGGUAUGCCAAAUCCCUUUUGUGGAACUUAUCAGCAAAAGUCAUUAUUGAAAAAUUACAAUUACAACGAAGAUGAUCUACCUACACUGCCAGCAUCCGUUCCAACUGUAAUAGCAGCUUUAAUUAGGAAUAUGCUAUUACGCAGUACAUACAAGCGCCUUAGCGUCGAAAUGGCAACAACUGUAAUGCAUCUACACUUAUGGGCCCCGAGUUGUUGGUUUAAAAAAGGAACCAAAAUUCCUUCCAAUAGCGAAAUAAUACAGUGGCUUUUGUGUUUAACCACAAAAAUAUUACAUGAAAGUAAAAAUAAUUCUGCGGACGAGUACCAGAAUGUCAAAGACGAAAAGCAUAAUGAGAAAAUUAUUUAUCAACGAUCAUUAUCAACACGAUCAUGUGGUAGACGUACAAUGCCAGAAUAUCAAUUAAUUGCAUGCUUCUUAGAAAAAGACUGCAAACACGUUUUAGAACUUGAUGUUAGAAAUAAUGAAAUAACCGAUUGCGGCAUUAAUGAUAUGUGUCGGUACGGGGCGGAAUUGCAGUUGCAAGUAUUGCGAUUAAGCGGAAACAAAAUUGGGGUUGAAAAUUCCAAACAAAUUGCAACAAUGAUUGUAAAAAACAAUUUUAUAAAGCAUCUUGACAUCGCUGAAGUUGGACAAAAUGAAUCAAGUUUGGUUUAUUUUACGACGGUAUUGCGAUCGGAUCAGGAUUAUUUUAACGACUGUUUGAAGAUUUUAGAUCUCAGUCGACCGAUUCCUCAAUGCUUGUAUACAAAAUUUGAUAGUUCGCACAUCGCUACACUUAUUGGAACCAUGUUGCGAGUAAUAAUUAAAAUUUUUGUUUAUAAUUGUUAAUGGCAAUUGAUUA